AUUUCGAUUCCGAUCAGAUGGCGGAAGUUCAGACUACGGGAAAGUAAUGUCUUACUACCGUCUGCAGACGAUUGAUGAACAGGAAGAUAUGAAUAAUGAUUUUCAGGGUUAUCUACACAAUGACGUUGAGACCACCCGCGUUGAGACGAUAACUCGUCGCCGUCCCAGAAGAUGCGGGAGAAAAUGCCGAGUUUGCUGCCGUUUCUUCUUUUCAUUUACCACCGUUGUUAUUUUAAGCAUAGCUACUUGGAUUUUAAUUGCUGUUUACAAGAAAAGACCUAUGAUCAUAUAUCAACACACACUCUGGUCAUCAGGUGACAAUGGAGUGAAUACAUAUCGAAUACCUUUAUUGAUCGCUACACCAAAAGGUACAUUGGUUGCUGCUGCCGAAGCGAGGAAGACAUCUAGUAAGGACGAUGGACAGAAAUAUCUUGUUAUUCGGCGUUCUAUAGAUCAAGGAUGGACGUGGCAGAGUGAAACGAAAUUACUCACGGAUGAACGGUAUACAGAUUGCCUGAUUCAUUUGGGCGCAUUGUUAGUGAACUCUCGCAAUGGAAGUAUAGGCCUCUUUUACAGUAUAUGUGAAAACCAACACGAUUCCUGUCACAUUUUUACUUUAAUGUUCAAAUCGAGUUUCGAUGACGGAUACUCUUGGGAAAAAGCAAUAAAUGUCUCGCACCAGAUUGGACCUGGAGUGUUCACCAUUGGACCCGGAUACGCAAUAGAGAAAAAAUAUCCACCUUUUAUUGGACGGUUAAUUGUCUGCGGCCAUGGCAACACACAGUACGGGGAAACAUUUUGUCUCUUAAGCGACGACAAUGGAGAAACAUGGCGCAAGGGUGGUAUUAUGAGAAGUAUACCAUAUGGAAGCGACAGCAGCUAUCGAGAUUUCUUUCCAGAUGAAAGUCAGGUUGUUGAGCUUCCAGAUGGGUCUAUAUUUGCUAUAAUACGGAACGAAAGGCAUUACAAAUGUUUCUGUCGGAUAACAGCAUUGAGUUUCGACGGAGGCGAAAGCUUCGCAAGUGACAGUAUACGAUUAGUGAAAAAAUUACCAGAUUCUGCGGUUAGUGCUGGCUUACUUUGGCAUGGUGGCCAGCUUAUAUACUCAAGUCCUGGUGGAAGAAUAUUGAGGCAGACUCUAACACUGAAAAGAAGUGAUGACUAUGGAGUCAGCUGGCCAAAAUCAACUGUUCUCUGGCCUUUGUUCAGCUCCUAUAGUGCUAUGACGUCAUUUUCUAACAGUACAUCUGAAUAUAUAUACCUUGUAUAUGAAAAAGGAUAUUUAUGGGGAUAUUCAUCAAUAGAGUUUAUGAUAAUUGAUCUAUCUAUGUUGAAUUAAACAAAAGCAAAAACAAGAGAAUCUAGCUAUUCCUAUUCAGGGACAGCCCCUCUUGCCAUUUGUGAAUUUGUUACCUGUGCAGUUCCGGGGUCUUUUUAAUUCCCUCCGCCAGGAGGUUAUGUACCGUACUCACCACUGUCUGUCUGUCUGUUAUGCAAGAUUGCUUAAAAACUAAAGGAAUGGAUCAUCAUCAUCAUCAAAUUUAGGCGAAUGCUAAUAUAAUUUAAGAAAGACAUGGGAAAAGGUAAAAGGACAAAGUCAUAAGGCUACGGAAAUUCAAUUUAAAUUUGUUGCCUUGGAACUUACCCUCGAGCAUAAAAGAAAAUAAUGGAGUCGGCCUUAUACACGGCCUGUGUAUUGUUCGGUUUCCAGGCAGUUAUGCUUUCUGUGGAGUGCCUGCUCUUGUUUGUUAUAGCGUUUACAUAAUUAUAUUAGUUUUUUUCUGUUAAAAGAGGAAGUAAAUAUAUGUCAAGUUGAAUAAUAAAAAUGCGAGGUUCAACGUUA